AUGAAAUUUGACAAAAUUUUGAACCUCAAAAUUACCUUAAAUAAUAACCCUACUAACAUCCUUAAUAACCUCUGCACCGGCCUCGAAACCUUCCUCGGCUUCAACUCUGCUUCCAAAGGCUACGACGGCUCUGGCAUUGUGUACUCCGACCUGGAUAGGCUGUGUGACGGGGUGAUGGGAUUUUUGUUUAGUAUAAUCACUGACGUAAAAGACGACAAAAACCUUACGAAAUACAAUAAUAAUAUAGACACAAUGUUAGAAAAAAUUAAACUCGCUCAAUAUAAUAGAAAAAAUUUUGAUAGUAGUAUUCGCGAAGUCAGUCAGGGGAUUAAGGCGUGGGUGAGGGGGGUGGAGGAGAGGAAUGAAAGUAUAACAAAGCCAUUAGCAAACCUUGAAAAAACUUUACAUGGUCAUGCGUCGGUCGAAAUGGAUGACAAUCCCAUAACAGAUCAGUUGUCUACUUGGCAGGGCUUCUCCAGCAUAUACCUUCAAGAGGUUGAAAAAUCUGAAAUAGCUCUAGAUGAAAUAGACGAUGAGUUAAGGAACGAAAUAGCGCCCAAAAUAGAAUUAAUAAAACAAGUUGUCGAUAAUUUUUGGAAUUCGGUCAAUGAUCUUGGCGUCUAUGAUUCCGUUAAGAAGUUAAAAGAUAAGUUCGGUGCAAUUCCUAAGAUUGUCAAUAUGGAAAUUGGAACACAAAUACAAGAGGUAAAUAAUACAUUAAAUGACAAGUUCGAGAAAAUGUUCCGCGAUAUUCACAAUCUCACGCAAAAUAAGAAAUCGCACAUUAAUUCGAUUCGUAAAGCUGUACAAUCAGCCAAGCAGUUGGCUGAUACGUUAGUUGAUGACUCGACAAAUGUAUUUGAUAAGAAGUACAAGGCGAACAUAUCGGACAGAUUUAAUGAGAUUAAGGCAAAAAUCGAAAAGUUUUGUAAAGUAAAUGGUGACGGGCAGCCGACGCUGUUCAGUGAGUUUUACAAAGUCAGGACCAAGGUAGAGGGGUUAGAAACAGAUGUACGCCAUGGAUUGGGCGAAUUGAAACAAGAGAUAAAUGGGCUUACGAAAGAUAUGAAUGAUAGCAAUCUUAUUGUUAAAGAGGCGUUGCAACAGCUUGAGACGGACAGAGAACCAUUGUACAGGCUAACUUUUAACGGUGCGAAUUCGAUAGUGACUCUGACGAAAGGCCUCGAAGGUAAGUUUCAGAAGGUGAUCCAACAGGAUCUAAAAAGUUCGAUUAGUGAAGUUGACAAUGCAAUCAGAAAGCUCGGCGCAACUUUCGGUGUAGGUGUUGGCGGCGAUAAAAAACUUAGAAGCAUUUUGGAACAUCUUAGAACUCAAAUUGGGACGAUAAAGGGUUCAGACUACGAAGACAAAGGAUGUUCCGCCAUUGUCGCUAGAGUAAAAUCUUAUGCCGCAAAGUUUACGAAAUCGAAAUUUGGGGAAAAGGUUUUGGAUGGUUGGAUUGGCGACAUUCUUAAAGAGGAUAGUGUGGUAAAAACAAGGAUUGAAGAAUAUAUUAAGGAUAACAACGGAACGAACAAUCGUGGUAUGAACGGCGUUGGUACGAAUCGUUUCACAAACCCGCUUAUCAAAGCCGAUGAAUUGCAUAAUCCGCUUAAAACUGAAAUAAAGACAGUGCUUAAUUCUGAGGUAAUUCAGAAGGCUACUGAAAAUUUCAAUGAUGCGCAAGAUAGUGUUGAGAAAAAUCUUAAUGGACUCCAUGGCGUUUGCACGGCAUUUGCCACGGAGCUCGGUAAGGUAAUUGACGGGAAAGAUGCAGAGAUCGCUAGACAAGUUGAUAACCAAGUCAGAGAUAAUAGCAAAGGGGUAACUGAGCAAUCUGACCUCAAAACUGCAGUAAAAUACAUUCUUCAGAGACUUGUUAGUAGGGCCAAUAAAUUUGCCUCCGAUAUUGGGAAUUUGAUCAAAGAAUGCGAAUUCUCCAACGUGGAUGCACCAUCCAACACAGCGGUAGAUCUUUACAAAAAGCUAUACGACGCCAUGAACGCGGGGGUAGAUGGUAAGCUCAGCGAAAUGAGGAGUAAGAUAAGAGACCUUGACAACAUUUUUACUAAAGGCGUUAAAAACGAACUUCAGACUGAGACAAAUAAUAUUGAACGUGUUCUCAACAACUUCAACUCUAAUGUCAAAGAGCGUAUCAAGGAUGCUGCUGAAAAGGCUAUUGAACAGGCAGUUGGAAAGUUCGGAUCGAAUGGUAUAAUGAACCUGGAGCAAUUGAUGGGACAGUUCCAUCAAUCUGAGCGGGCCCUCCAAUCCUCUGUUAAGCAAAUUGAGAAUCAACUGAACAUACUAAAAACGUUCCCCAGUGCUGUAGACAGCAAGCGAAAAAACGCUGAAGAAAUUAUGAAGACCUUAAAAACUGAAGUGCGAGAAAUUUCAGCUAAAAUUGAAGCCAUCGACCCAAUCCUGAUCAAGGCAGAAAACGUUCUUGGUACGGCAAUCCAAACUCUAGAAAGAUCAUUAGAGGAUACACGAAAGUACACUACAUUAGUACUUCCGCUACUGCAACAAAAUCUGCAACAGCAUGUGACUAACUCAUUCAAUGAAAUGGAAGAAUACGUACAGGAGAUGUUCAACGCACAGAGAAAAGCUGAAUUCCAAUCUUUGAAAAAGUCUGUUGAUAUCCAAAUUCCUCAAAUAAAAAGCAUUAUCCAAUCCGACAUGGAAAAAGGUCUGAAAGGACUCAUGAAAAAUCUGAAAGGGCCGUUUGCUCAACUGCUCAAUUCUGGUGCCCAUCUCAGCUCCUAUACUAAAAGGGUUAAAGAGUUUUUUGCAAAUUUGCUGGAAGAUUUGACGCGGCAGUCUGAUGUGGUUAAAUACCACUCCCCUCUUCUCACCCCCCUCUCUUCCGCCCUCUCCGCCCUCCUGUCCGCAAUGCACGACCAACGCCACUUCUCCGCCGACGUCUCCCUGCGCCUCGCCGAACUCCAAGCCGCGCUCACCACCCUCACCCCUACCGCAUUCGCCGAGGCCUCCCCGCUGCUCAACGUCGUCAAGCGCGGCGUCCGGGCGUUCCACGGGGAGCUCGCGAAGCAGUACGUGAGCAGGUACUCGGGGAAACAAAUUACUUGGGUGAAGGACGUUGGUAAACCUCCGAAAUCUGAGCCAACUGAAGAAGCGUUAAAAUGUGGUAAAGUAUUUUUUAGUUGCUUACAAAGACUAUUCGACGGUUUGCAUGAGCUUUGGCAAAACUGUGCGAAUAAAGCUGCCUGGGAGCACAAAACAAUUUCGCUAACGGAAACUGCGCAACACGGUAAUACAAUCACCAAUCCACUCGGAAGCUUUUUCAAGCGCAGCGGUUACACUGUCUGCUCAGGCCCGAACAAGCAUAACGGUGAGCUGCGGAACACUGUGGAGUGCAGGGGCGGGCAUAUUCACCAGAAGUUGGAUGCAAGCAUAAGGGGCAUUGAUAGUAAAACGUACAAGCUUGUCACCAAGGAAGACGAAGAGAAAGAAGAUAAGGACAGCAUACAAAAUCAUGGACUCCUCAAGAAGCUGUUCGACCACCUCCACGAUUACUACACCGUUCGUCAUUUGCCUCAUUUCGCCGCGAGGAAAUAUCCGUGCUCCGUAUUUGACAUGCUCAAGUGGCUGUGCGGCCUCACUUCCAGUACCGUCUACAACGACCUAACACUCAACGGCUUCGAUGUGCUGUUUGAGAAAGACGAAAAAGAGACGGAGGCUGUAACUGAUUUCGUUGUUGUGGAAGCCAAGCCCCCCUCUCUGUCGGCAUACCCGUAUGACAUCACUUCUCGUAUAUUAAGCGGUGAACUGGCAGAGGUUUGCCACUACUCGCAGGACGUGCUCACCUGUCUGCUUGGCAAUGGUCACGCCGAUGGCAUCUACGCUUGUGAGUUCAAUACCAACUACGACGGGUUCAUGUAUCCCGGUAAUAUGGACACGUUAUUGUGUAUGUUGCGUGAGAUUGUAAACCGCGUGUACCUUCAGCUGCACUUCCUAUUCCAACAGUGUCAGUACGGCACUUCGCUGAGCGGUUGGCUGGAAUGUGAGUACGGUAGAGACGUCGGCGGCUCGUCAUGGCAGUGCAAUACCAACCAAUGUGCUGACCAAAAGUGCAAGCAAAUAGCUGACCAAAAGAGGAACCAAAACUGUAAGUUACACCCUAAGUGCGGAGUAAAAUCGCCAUUGCAAUCCUUCCUUGAAGACGGUCUCCAGGGCUUCUUGCCGCAUCAAAUCAAAUAUGAAAAAGGCAAACUGGAGUGCAACGUUAAGUCUCAUGCCGGCAUACAGUGUAUCACGCCGAUGGGCUUUGCCGACAUCAGUCACGUUGCUUCCCUUACGCAAACAGGGCACCGCAUCGCGGAUGUGCUUGCUGGCUUCUGCGGCAAUCAGAUGUCUCCUCUGGCUAAGAUGUGCAGUCUACUGAAUUGCGCUAUUCUCAGUGCGCCGAAAACACUGGGUGAGAUGUUCGCAUUUUAUUACGGGUUCCUUGAUGGGUACUAUGAUGGAAAUACGAAACGCAUGAAACAUCGGGAACUGCCUUAUGCGGAAGCUGUAAAAGAUGCCAAUUUCAAAAACGACAACAACAGAUUGGACAUUACGUCGAUGUUCAAGAGCUCUUCUCAUGAAUCCGUUCCUGCGUCUACCCAUACCAACGGUGACCUGUUCUCCCUUGUUGGCUGCAAUCCGAAGCAGAAUCCAAUCUUCCCCUGUGGACCGUAUUUGCAAUCUUUAUCAUUAUCUAUUCAUUGCAUGUUUUCUGAAAAUCACGCUGAUAAAUAUUUGUCGUGGAUUGUUUACCUGACUGAGACAUUUUAUGACCUGCUUAAGAAAUUGUUUGAAGAUUGCAAGAAGCAUUGCGGUGGUGAUAGGCCAAAAUGCCGCGUUGCUAAGUGUGCUUCAACAUGUAGCGUAACAACGAAAACCGCCACGCCUAGUCACGCUGACUCAUGUGACAGCAUCGCCAAUUGCAAGGCUACGCUUCCUACUUUGUGCAGAUAUGGUUUCACGAUUGGCAACCUAUCCAAACUGAGCGGCAUGGAUGUUACAUCACGAAAACGCACGUGCAACGAUUUUUGCAAAAUAUUAGGAAACGCCGUUAUGGAAGGAAAUACACUUCAUACGUUGGCUCACAAAAUUAUUCCAGAAUUCCUUUUCAAAAUUCGGGAACCUUUUAUAUGGCUCAACGUCGCCCUUUGGUCAUUAUCUCUCUUCUACCUCUUCUGCGUAAUGGUUGGCAGGCUGGAUGUGCUGCACAUCAAAUCACACUUACGAUCACCGUCAUCGCACAGGAUAACGGCGCAGUCAUUGUUGGCUGCAGCGCAAGUCGGAAGGCUUGCCAAGAUAUCGUAUCUACAACCGUAA